AAAGAGAGGGAAAAGCAAAGGAGCGGGUAAUAUACUAUCUAGGGUUAUCUCUUGAAUUGGAAAGUGAAAACACCACUGCCACCGACGAAAAUCUUAACCCUGAGGAUAUGGACCAACAAGCAUCGGCGAGUUACGAAGAGUGGGAGCUUUGCAACGAAGAUGGGUUUAUUUACAAUCGAAUGAAAUGCGUCGGCGAGGAAACUGCCGCCGGUGAAACAUCUAAUCCGCCGGAUCUGGAGGUGGAUCCUGCGGAGGAGGAGAGAAAUCGAAGGAAGCGUAAGAGAGAGACACUAGUGAAGCUCAAGAGAAAGUACCAGAGAGAAAUCGAUCGUUGGGAGAUUUUGUCGAACAACUUGUGCGCAUUGCAAGAAAAAUCAAAUCAGUUUCAAUCGUCGCUUCCGGAAACUUCUUCUUCAAUUGAAACUCGAGAGCAGAUCGGAGAAGACGCGUCUUUUAUCGACGAGCUUCUUUCAAUGGAAGAAGCAAGGGAAAGUAUGAUCCAGAAUGUGUCAAACUUAUGCGAAAUUGCAGAAGGAAUGUGCAGAACAGAGGAAGAAGAAGAGAAAGAGAAGUUUUUUAAUCUUCCUGUUUGGGGAUCUCCAAAAGAUUUAAUGGCGUCGCUUUGCUACGAUGAGAUAUAAAAAAAAAAUUGGUCUUUGGGCACAGAAAGGGAAAAAAAAUGUAUAAUCUUUGUAGUUUCUUCUUCUGUAGAGUUUGUGUUUGUUAAUUGUCUGAUGUACAAAUCUAAUCUGCUUCUGUUCUGG